AUGCCAUUUCUUGCUGAGGAUACCUGGAUCAACGACCAGGCUUCCACGCACGAUAUUUCCGAGCUCGAACAAUGUGCCAUCGCCGUCGAUGCGACCUACUACCUCGGCCAGCUUCUCGACAACCCUCCUGCCCAAGAACCGCUCCUCCCCGCCCUUGGCGGUCUGACUGGCAUCGAGUCGCACAUUAACGAGAACCUCGACAACUGGGAGAAAUUCCACAUUAUCCCCUUCUUCGUCUUCGAUGGCCAGUCCGUCACCGGCCAAGAUGACCUUGCCUUGGACCGCGGCCUCAAGGCCAACAAGAAGACGGACCACGCAUGGGCCCUGUACUCUCAGACGGCAGCUGAGGAAGCUGUGACGACAUUCGGCGCCAACCCAGGCGCAUUCCGCAUCCAAAACCUUUACCCUCUUCUCCAAGCAACCCUCAAGAACCGCGGGCUUCACUUCUUGGUCGCUCCCUUCAAUGCGUGCGCCCAGCUUGCGCACUUUGAAUUUAUCGAUUCGGACCAAUGCUCUGGUGUCAUGGGACCCCAGGAGCUCCUCCUGUAUCCUAUCAAGGACUCAGUGAUUCGGAGCUUCGACUGGGAAGCCAAGACGGUCACAGCCAUCUCCAAGAAGAAGGUCAUGCGCAGCCUCACGCCCACCGCGAGUGAAACUAGGUUCAUUGACUCGUUCCUCAUGGCCGGCACAUCGUUUCUGCCCGCGUUCCCAGCCCUUCUGGAGUCCUCGAUGUACUCAGACUACAACAUCUCGACUGCCGCUAACCUGUUGAGAACCUCGGAAAACAGCGUUGCCACCGCUUGCGCGAGCUUUAAUGAUAUUCUGCAAAACAAGGACCCCGAGUGGCUCGACAAGUACCGCAAGGCAAGGAUGGUGGUCAACCACUAUGUCUACAUUGCCGAGAACGGCGAGAUCAAGGUCAAUGACUAUGAGCAUCUGACCCACGAUAGCCACGAGUACCUUGGUCUGCAGCUUCCAGCUGAAGUCUUUCACUAUCUCAACACGGGCCUGAUCGGGCCUCGACUGCUCAACAACAUCACUCAUGGACAACUCCUCAUCCAGCCAACCCUAGACGGAGUUGUGUCAGACCAGUACAAGAACUUGGUGACUCAGAAGAUAGUGCCUAUUAAGGAGCAGGCGCUGUCUCUGCUGAGCUCCAGACUCUACCGAGGUCUCCAGCACAAGAAUAUCAAGGUGCGGGUCUGGUUUGACCCCAAGUAUUCAUACACGAUCAACCAUCGCUCUGGGGCUUCUCCUUCUCCUUCUCAACAAGCAGCCAGCUGGGAUGUCAAGCUGGAUGAUAUCCGCGAAUUUUUCCCUGCCGACUUUGCUGGACCUGUGUCUCUGGAGGUGCUGGCGCUCGCUAACCACGAUUUCGUCAAGAAGACAUUCCCCAAGGAUCAGCGCAUCAAGGGCAUCGACAACACAGAGAUGGUGACGUCGGUUGCCAUCUGGCGAUUCCUUCAUGUGAGGGGCUAUGUUAACGAAGAGCACAAGCUGACGAAAUGGGGAAAUGCCCUGGCGACGACGUUACUUGCCCUCCAGGACGCCAACGAGAACCGUCCGCCAGUACCUGGGCUUGACGAGGCAGCCCUGCUUGCGUUCGAGCUCAUCCGAUUCGGUCUCUUGAAUGGAAAGCACAUUGAGGGCCAGCCCGGACUUCCCAGGAGAGGUACAGAUGAGGAGAAGGCGAGCCUUACGCUCAUCAGUCAGUGCGCAUCACUGUUGAAGCUGCGGCACCAGGUCUAUGGGUACACUGGUCCUCUCAACAAGAGCCUGUUGACAUUCCGAGCCUUGUCAUCGACAGUGAGGGAAGCCGAUCGGGAUCUCAUCGAGUCCAUUGUGGCAUCCAUGUUCCUGUACGCGCAGUCGAAGCGUGACAGGGAUGAUCAGCUGGAAAUCAGCCAUAGACUACCCUUCUUGUCAGAGCCCGACAUCGGCCUCGGUAUCGCCGUGCGGACUUUCUUCGACGAUGAUGAGGCGAGUGAGGACAAGGAGACGCGAGCGAAGCGACUGCAAGAAUUCCCCAAGACAUUCGUACCAUUCGCCGAGUCACUGACGGACGACUUCCGGAUUGCAUGUGACUUUGUGGAUGCGAUCAACAAGGGUGUCCAGGUCCUGGAUACGGAGGCAUUGCCGGCAGCGGACAAGGAGGCAUGGGCCAAGGCGCAGGCUUACCUGGACGCCCGGCCAUUCUAA